AUGGCUUUACUCCCUGUGAUGUUACUUCUGUUUACGGUGCUGCUCCCAUCUCUGCCCACCGAAGGAAAGGAUCCAGCCUUUUCUGCUUUGUUAACCACACAAUCACAAGUGCAGAAGGAGAUUGUAGACAAACACAAUGAACUAAGGAAAUCAGUCUCUCCAUCUGCCAGCAACAUGCUAAAAAUGCAAUGGAGCAGAGAAGCAACAGCCAAUGCCCAAAAGUGGGCAAACAAGUGCACCUUACAACAUAGUGAUCCUGAGGAACGAAAAACAAGUAGGAUAUGCGGUGAGAAUAUCUAUAUGUCAAGUGAUCCCACUUCCUGGUCAAAUGCAAUCCAAAACUGGUAUGAUGAAAGUCUAGAUUUUGUCUAUGGUGUAGGAUCAAAGAGUCCCAAUGCAAUGGUUGGACAUUAUACUCAGCUUGUUUGGUAUUCGUCUUACCUCAUUGGAUGUGGAAUUGCCUACUGUCCCAAUCAAGAUAGUCUAAAAUACUACUAUGUUUGCCAAUACUGUCCUGCUGGGAAUAGUGUGAGUAGGAAGAAUACCCCUUACCAACAAGGAAGACCUUGUGCCAGUUGCCCUGGUAACUGUGACAAUGGACUAUGCACCAAUAGUUGCGAGUAUGAAGAUCUCCUUAGUAACUGUGCUUCCUUGAAGAAAACAGCUGGCUGUGAACACGAAUUGGUCAAGGAAAAGUGCAAGGCUACUUGCCAAUGUGAAAACAAAAUUUACUAA